GGAAAUCUUUGCAUUCCUGCUAGGCGCCCUCUUCUUUAUUGGUCAUACAAUUAUGAUUCAUAAUUUCACCUGUUGCAAUGAAUUGUAAUCUGGUUAGUACACACGCGUCAGUGACUUGUGAAUGUUUACGCAUAACUUUAUCUUUUUAUCUACACAUAAUAUAGAGUAUAAAAAUACUUAGUAAUUAGUAGACGAUAUCGGCUGCAAAUGUUUAGUAACAAAUUUCCUGCAGUUUUUCUUUAAAUUUUUAACUGCGUUGGUUAGACAGUGGUAAAUCGGUGAAAAAGCAAGUAGGAACCAAUGCGCAGUUUUGGUUGGCAGUUCGUUUCUAUCCCCCCGAACCGUCCCGCCUCGCUGAAGAGUAUACCAGGUACCUGCUGUGCCUGCAGCUUCGGAAACUCCUCUUGGACGGAAGGAUGACAGCGCCCAAGAACACCGCGUUGUUGCUUGCAUCCUUCACAGUACAAGCUGAGCUGGGUGAUUACAAUGUAUCGGAACACCCACCCAAUUAUCUCUCAGAGUUAUGUCUGUUGCCGAAGCAGACCUCUGAAGACGAACGUCGUAUACGUGAAUUGCACAAGUUGCAUCGAGGGCAGGCCCCAGCAGAUGCCGAGGCGAACUUUCUAGAACAUGCUAAAAGACUAGAUUGCUAUGGUGUGGAGUCGCACCCGGCUAAGGAUUACAAUGGGAAAGACAUUUUUAUUGGCGUGACGUCAAUAGGAAUAGUUGUCUUUCAAAACAACAUCAGAGUGAACACAUUCUCUUGGAGUAAAAUCGUCAAGAUUUCCUUCAAGAAGAAACAGUUCUUCAUACAGUUGAAGCGAGAGCCAUCUGAAUCUUACGACACGGUAUUAGGGUUCAAUAUGCGUUCGGGCCGCGCGGCUAAAGCGCUAUGGCGGUGCAGUGUGGAGAGGCACGGUUUCUUCAGACUUCGGGCGCCUCGUAGAAGGCCCUUAUUGGGUGCUCUAGGUGCCUUAGCGGGUAUAACCGCACCCACAGUGCCUAGAACUGAAACGCAGGCGCUAGAAGAUGCUAGAAGAUCGAGGUCGUCCAACAGAAGUUUUGUUAGACGCAGCAGUUCCCGUAACCGCGAACGUUCAUCGGGCACAGCAUCGCCGGCCCCGAUAACUGCCAUCAACGCUAGUGCUAGGGGGGCCCGAGUGACCACAAACACCGAGCCCCCGCCUAGAGAAGCGUGGACCGAUUGCGCUCCGCCUGUGCAAGAUGACGGUGGUUUCCUAGAACGCGCUUUACGCGUACCCCUAUCGUACGUGGAUGAAUCUGAAUCCGGUUCGGAAACGGGCAACGGGGAGGUUUGCGUGCGAUUGACCGCGGCUGCUGAUGGAAGAUUCGGGUUCAACGUUAGGGGAGGAGGGCCCGCGCCAGUGCUAGUGUCGAGAGUGGCUAGUAAUACGAGGGCACAUCUACAUGAAGGAGACCAGGUAAUAUCAAUUAAUGGCAACGAUGUGGAUGAAAUGACGCACGAGCAAGUGGUACAAAUGAUAAGGAACACGAGAGGUGUCCUUACUCUCGUCAUCAAGCCUAAUGCCGUAUACGAACCCGAGGAAACAGGCCCCGAGGAACCAGCCGUAUGUUUCGUCCCUCUCGGUUCGGGCGAGUUCGAGGGAGACGCAUUAGAACAGUCGAUGCUUCUCCUAGGCGACGGAUUAGCCAGUGGAGCCGCCCUAAAACAAUACGAGACUUUACUUAGCAGAUUGGAUGAACCAACUACAGCAGCCAAAUUACCACACAAUAUGAAUAAGAAUAGAUAUAGGGAUAUAGCGCCUUACGAUUCUACUAGAGUUAUAUUGAAAAAUGGACCUACGGGCGACUACAUAAACGCUUCAUAUAUAAACAUGGAAAUUCCUAACUCCGAUUUAGUAUUAACUUAUAUUGCAACACAAGGUCCGUUGUCUUCAACCGUAGGUGAUUUCUGGCAAAUGGUCUGGGAGAGCGAAAGCAAUCUAGUUGUGAUGCUCACCGUACUAAGCGAGCGGGGCCGGGCCAAAUGCCACCAAUACUGGCCCAAGACUGGCGCUGGCCCGUUGCAGGCCACUUCUAACCUUACCGUGGCCACUACCAGCGACACUUGCCACGGACAUUAUGUACGAAGGGAGAUGUGUCUCAAGGAAAGCGGCGGCGGUACUCGUUGUAUAACCCAGCUGCAGUACACCGCGUGGCCGGACCACGGCGUGCCCGACGACGCGACGGCCUUCAUACGGUUCACGCAACUCUGUAUGCAGCUGAGGACGCAUAGAACGAUGAUACCCACAGUGGUGCAAGAGCCUGAUGUAGAAGAGCGUCUUCUAGACCCUCCUUUAAUCGUGCAUUGCUCAGCCGGCGUAGGCAGAACCGGGGCGCUAAUACUAGCUGAGACCGCCAUAGAGUUGAUAUCUAGAAGGCAACCUUUCUACCCACUCGAUUUAGUUCGAGCGAUGAGGACACAAAGACCGAUGUGCAUACAAAACGCCAGUCAAUACAAGUUUGUGUGUGAGAGCAUACAGUCAGCGUACGCACAAGGUCUAACCAAAGCGCCUUCAGAAAGCGGCACCAACUGA